GGCCAAACUUUUGCCAUUGGUGCCAAACAUGUCGUGAUUUACUUCGAACGCUUUCCAACUCAUGCUGCGCACCGUCCGUCUGUUUACUAAUUUUUGGUGUUCGCGUUCGCCGUCAACUUUGGCGAUUUCCGGACGCCGGAAUACAACGACACUCCGUCCGAAAAACCUUGCUUCCUCUGCGCAAACUGAGUCCCAUUAUAUGGUAAAAGAUUAUGACCAAAUGUGCAAGUGUUGUGAUGAGCGAGUUGCUGAAAUGCAGCAAAUUGAUCCCUGCGGGGUUUUCGUCAACAAUGAGGUCAGACUUGGGCAACUGGAAAUCUUUGGCUUUGACUUCGACCAUACACUGGCAACGUAUACGCAGGCUCUAGACGAGUUUAUCUUCGAUGAAGCGAGGAAUUGGUUGGUUAAACAAAUGAAGGUAACUCCGGUCUCACCUAUGCAAUACGGCAGUCAGUUUUCUUGGGAGAACUUGUGCUCCUUCAUAUUAUACUGUGGCAUACUUUUGCUCAAGUCCUUAUGUAGUACUUUCAACUUUAGUUGUUGUUAUAUCCUGCCGUUUUCUCACGACUGCAAGUUGUUCCGCGUACUUGUCGCGUUCUCAAAUCCAAAACAUGGAUGGUAUGAGGCUAUGGUUUUGGCCUUUGGACACUGUGGCUAAUGAAGUAACUGAUGGUUGCUUUUAGAUUCUGUCGUGCCAAUCACGAUUGUUCCAACAUCACCUGAAGCUUAAAAUCCGUGGGUCAUUUUGCACUCUUUGUGAUUGUCGGUCGCGAACAAUCUGCCACUGUCACUAUCUUUUAGUUAGUCGAUUGGAACUGAUUCUUUGCUUCCGGGUUUGUUCCUUAGUCUGUAUCCGAUCUUUCUCUGUAAGCAUUCCCAACACCAGCUUUCUCUGGCUUCACUACAUUUGUUGUGUUUCAUUAGUAUCCAGAAGAGCUCAUGGAUUUGACCUACUCCGCAGAUUUCGCUAUUCGCGGCUUGCAUUUCGAUGUACAGCGAGGAUACCUGAUGAAGGUCGACUCAUUCCAUAACAUUCAACUGGAUACGGUUCACCGUGGGCUGACACCUGUCCGAUCCGAAGAAAGUCUGCAAGCUUACCAAGGCAACCAUUUACCCGGAACUUGCCUCAAACAAUCAACUUUCAAUAUUUUUGGCCACUUAAUCCAAAGUACAUCAAAAAAUCCACCCAUGUUUCAGUUGAUGGAUGUUUUCACUUUACCGGAAUUCUACCUUCUUUGUUGUAUUAUCGAGCACUUUGAUCGCAAUCACUUCAAUUAUCAGCCCAUUUAUGUAUAUCAGGAUGUCUCGAAUUCGGUCGCUCGUGUACACAAAUCCGGUCUUCUUGGGCUAACCAUUAUGGGAAAUCCUGAGAAGUAUAUAAAACCGGAUCACCACUUGUCGGGUUUUCUGCGCCAGCUAGUUUCAAACGGACGAAAGCUGUUUGUGAUCUCGAACAAUUCCGCCUCCUUUAUUGAUCGUGGUCUCCGCUUCCUAAUCGGUGACGAUUGGCGACUUCUGUUUGACGUCAUCAUUUCCAGCGCAAAGAAGCCCAGUUUCUUCCAGCACGACACCAGGCCAUUUCGCCAUAUGGAUGAAUGCGGUGGAUUCAAGGAUUGGGAGCCUGUAAAAUCCCUCCAUAAAAGUCAUAUUUAUGAAGGAGGAAGUCUGUCGGAGCUCAUCAGAUUGACCAAAUGGAAUGCGAAGAAUAUCCUCUACUUCGGUGAUCACGUAUACUCGGACCUAGCGGACGUAUCCAACCUUCAAGGAUGGACCACUGCCGCCGUCAUACCCGAACUGGAGCACGAAAUUAAGGUGAACAAUAAAGUGGACUUCCACAAAUGUUGGAUCAAAGUUCAGGGCCUAGAGCGGUUGAUCGAUAAACAUCAGCAUGUACGCUCAUCUCAGGCCGUUGCUCUGUUGAACACAUGGCACGCCGAACGAGAGAAACUGCGGCACCAGAGCAAGGUAUCAUUCAACCAGCAUUUCGGAAGCAUAUUCCGUUCAUUCCAUAACCCGUCUUACUUCUCGCGACGAUUAUCCCAGUACGCCAUCCUGUACACUUCAAAGGUAACAAACCUGAGUCAAUAUCCGUUGAACCACUACUUCUAUCCAAAGCGAUCCGCCCUUCCUCAUGAAUCAUCCUAAUGGUACAAAUCAUCUCACUAACCGGAUUUUAUCUGCCUGUUAUUCUCGUUUCCCACUGUAUCCGUUUGAACGUUACGUUCACGAAAAGGACUGUAUCUUGUGCGCCGUAAUGAUCUCUCAGGUAUAUUCUCAUACUGCGCUAAUCUGCGUUUUGGACAUUGUCUACUUCACUGGAUUCCUUCGGCUGAGACUAAUUUCCAAACUGCGUAUUCUUAAUUUUCGUGCUUUUUAUUGAAAUAAAGUAGUUAUCCGAAAA